AUGGAUUCAUCAACAAGCCUUCUAGCAAACUCAAUCUUAGCCAGUUUUCAAGCAGCAAAAAGCAUAGACUCAACAGAGCAGCAGAUUUUUCAGCAAAUGAUUAACGGAAGCGAUCCUAGUCUAGUUCAAAUUUUGAACAGAUACAACUCUGACGCAGAGCUUGGGACAAUCGAACUUGAAAUUUUCCAGCUUAUUAAGCGCAAGCAUAAGCCUCAAAAAGUUGUAAUUCCAGCAAAAAGUAUCAAUGAUGAAAUGACGUCGCCUUUAGGCAACUAUCUUCUAGAAAGAAAAAAGCGCAACAGUCUAGAUAAAGGUGUGUCACUAUCGAUUGGCGAGCCUAUUUUGAUUCAAAUACAAGAAGUUCAUGAGCAUCAAGUUGAAGACAAUUAA